AUGUUAAGAGACUUAAACCAACCACAAGGUGGUGAAGCAAAUGAAAUGUCAUAUGACGACAAAUAUAGACACUUCUCCAUGGCAAAGAUGAGACAAGUUUUAAAUAUUUACAAUAGCCGUAAACAAAAAGGUUUGGGAAACCACUCCCCCGAAGAAAUGAAAAACAACCCUGACUUAGAGAAAGACUAUAUAUUUAAUAAUUUAGUCAAAAGAGACAAACAAGAAAGAAUGCCGGGCUUCAAACUUCAGAAAGGUGACAAAGUAAAAAUAGAAAUACCUAAACGCGACCCAUAUGAAAAUACUAUUGACUAUGACAACAAUGGGAACUCGACAGGUACUCGCAUUCGUGUUCGUAAAAAUAGAAGAAAGUAUACAAGAGAAUAUUAUGAAGUUUUAGGCAAACAUGGCAAAAUGUACACACUGCAAGCAGAAGAUAAAACUACUAUUGUCAGACCUCGUUUCAAACUUGUUAAGGUUCAAGGUGGUAUACUUUCAAAGACAGUUCCUAACAAAUAUAAGACAACUCCUGACGAAUAUGCUAAAGAAGUUGAAAAUGACGACUAA